AUGCAUGGUUGCCCGGAACUCACCGUGCCCACGCUAGUCCUCCUGGCCGUCUCAAGCAUUCUACUGCUGCUAGUGCGUAGCAUAACGCGAACCAGAAAACCUCCCGCGCACCGCCUCCCACCGUCCUCGCGGGGUCUCCCGAUCGUUGGCAACCUCCACCAGCCCGGCGCGCUCCCGCACCAUGCCCUGCACGCACUCGCCACGGCGCACAGGCCCGUCAUGCUGCUCCGCCUCGGCCCCUUGCCCACCCUGGUCGUCUCGUCCGCGAACGUGGCGCGCGAGGUGCUGCAGCCGCAGGACCACGCCUUCGCCAACCGGCCCGCGCUCGCCAUCCCGCGGUGGCUCCUCUACGGCUGCACGGACAUCGCCUUCGCCCCCCACGACGCCUACUGGCGCGGUGUACGCACGAUCGUCGUGCCCCACCUGCUGAGCCCCGCCAGGGUGAGCGCCUACCGCGGCGUGCGCGAGGAGGUGGCCGAGCUUGUCCGGAAGGUGGAGCAGCAGGCACAUGAAGGCGGCGUCGUGGUGCGGUCGAGCGAUCUCCUGAGCGGCUUCGCCAAGGACAUGAACGGGCGAAUCGUGCUCGGGCGAUUUGAUUCCUGUUGUGUAUGA